AUGUCCAAUCGAACCAUCUGCGGCGUCGACACCCCCGACCCCUGGAUCAUAGCGGGCAACGGGAAAUUCUACUUUACCUUCACUCUCGACAAUCGCAUUGAGAUUUGGUGCUCGAACAAACUGGAGGACUUUCACCAAUGCCAUAAAUCCGUUAUCUGGCAACCGGCUCCGGGUAGCCCUUGGUCCGUCAACAUAUGGGCGCCGGAACUGCACUAUCUCAAAGGAAGUUGGUACAUCUACACCUGCGGUGCGCCGCCUGGCGUUGGCAACCCUGGUCACCGAACGACUCUCCUCCGUUCGUCGUCGCAGGACCCGAUGGACCCCGCGGGAUGGGAGUUUCUUGGGCCGUUGAAGGGCAUGCCGGAUCACUGGUCCAUUGACGCCACGGUUUUUAGUCCCAAUGGACACGAUUUAUACUGCUGCUGGUCUGGGUGGCCGAUUGGCGACCACUCCGAUAGAGAGCAGGACUUGUUCCUGAUCAAGAUGGCUAGUCCGGAAGAAGCCAUCGCCGAGACCCUGGUCUGCAUAUCCCGCGCUGAAUUGCCAUGGGAGAGGCCGGAUGACGGUCGGAGGGGCGUGAAUGAGGGGCCAACAUGGGUUGACAUUCCGGGGUAUUUCAGAGGCAUCGUGUACUCCGCCGACGGGAGCUGGACGAGUCGAUAUAAGCUUGGAUUACUGCCGCUUGUCGGACAGGAUCCUCUCAACCCCGCAUCUUGGGCGAAGAGAUCGACGCCCCUGUUGAAGAGCCACCAACGGUGCGGAGGUCCGUACGGGCCGGGGCACGCGAGUUUUCUGCCGAACCCACACGAUAGGAGCCGGGUCUACUGCGUAUACCAUGCAACGGCCAAUUUUGGGGAGGGAUGGGCGAACAGGAAGGCUAGGGUGAUUGACAUGGGACCGGAGUGUUUUGGGCCUCACGCACAUCCGCUGUGCUGCGCGUUGGAGAACCAUGUUCCUAAACACCACAAACUUGAAGCUGGGCUGAAAAGAGGAUCAUGCACCAUGUCGUGA